AUGGCGAUGAUGAUGGCUGGCCGUGUGCUGCUGGCGUGUGCCCUCUGCGUGCUGUGGUGCGGUGCGAUUUUUGGACACGCGAUGGACGAUUACUGCAGUGAGGGUGGAGGGAACGGUUUGAGGCACACGAGUAAUGGUGGAGAUGACGGCGUGUCUCUAAAGGCGGACUGCGGGUUGUUAGCCACUCGAAUGGCAUUAAUAAAGGCGGUUGAAGCUGGGGACGACGGUAUAGAUGAAAAUGGUAAUGCCGUAUUGGAAAAUAAGGACAAAUCACAGCAUGGUAGUGUCUUGGCUGGUACUGGGGGCAAUGAAACGCCUGGUCAAAAGGGAGUGAAAGGUGCCGCAGGUGCAGGAUUACCACCCUCGCCGUCUGGGCCUGGAGGAUCAGAUACAGAAGAACAGAGGCAGCCAGAACAGUUGGAUACAAAAGGAAAAGAGGCAGGAGGUAAGAGGGAUGAAAAGGGCGGCAAGGCAACUGAGUCCCAACAACAAAGAGCUGAUCAAUCUUCUUCAUCUGGCAGCGACGGCCCUCAGGGUGGCAAAGAACCCAAUUUGAAAGAAAAAUCCGAGAGUACUGAAUCCUCCGUUGACACGCCGACACAAGAAGAUGAAGUUGAAGCGGAAGAAACAAGUGUGUCAGAAGAAGAAACCGGAGGAGACGAAGAAAACAACAAUAAUGUGGCACUCACAGUGACAAGUGAAAGUCAAGCGAAACUGAAAGGAACACAAACAGCAACACCACCAACACUACCAACAACGCAAGUGAAUGAACGGUCCCGCACUGAGGAUUUAGGACACGUGCAACUGCCAAAAGGCGUCCAAAGCGACAUUGAGUCAAACUACAAUUCACAAACUGAGGGCGCUGCCCCCAUCACAGCCAAUCAACACAAUGAGCCAUCUGCCGACCAUGCAGGAUCCAGGCCACUAUCACCCACGGCAAACGGUGAUGCCGCCAAUAAUGAUUCUGACAAAAGCACUGAAGAGGGCAUCCCGAACAGUGAUCCAGCAGCCGAUGGUGCAGGGACAGCAGAAGAAAAACAAAAUGAAAAUAAAGAAUCCAAUCCGAAAGAAACACCAGUGACGGCCACAGCCAUGAAAACUACAACGGCGACGACUGGCGACAGUGACAGCAGCACCGCGGUCUCGCAGACCACCUCCCCUCUUUUGCCUCUUCUUGUUGUUGCGUGUGCGGCUGCUGCUGCGGUGGUGGCCGCGUGA